CCCACGUCCUACCAUCAGAGAUAACUUCGCCGGAGUGACCAUUUGACUUGAAGCAAACACGAGCAGCGCAAGUUCGUACCGAAUCCAGUUUCCAAUCCUACCACGCACCUUGCAUUGCCCAUCGCUUCGACGCGCAAUGCGUAUCGCUCAAGAGCUCAUCGAUGCCAUCGUCUCCCAUCUUGAGCUUGGGGACGAUCUCAUCACCGCCUACUACCUCUUCCAGGCAUCUUUAUCGGUUUUCUCUCGCCAGAUCUGCCUGAAUCUGCAUGAUGAUAUCGUCUGUCUCUCCACGGACAAUUCUGGGUACACGACCCUCGCUGCCAUCUUCCGCCUCUGUCCCACAAUAUACCAGCAUGUCUAUCAGCUCCAGAUUGAGCGCAGCCCGACCUCGGAGCUCCACCCUGAGGAGUACGCUCUGCCGGCUGUCCUUGACGCAUGCACAGGCCUCCGUGCCCUUCACAUCCACUCGGUCCACCACAACGACAGCUGGAAGACGCGUUUCCCGGACGCGCAUAGGCGUGCGAUAUACCGAGCCAUACAGCGCCCCUCUCUGGAGACGCUCGGCCUGCAGGGCUUCUCCUUCCAACCCAAUGCGAUCUUGGAGCUCGGGGCACUGAACAUUCCGCCCGAGCUCAAGACCAUCCGCCUUGCAGCAUGCUCGCUCAGGAGCGCCAACUCCUUCAUGACACAGCUGUCGUUCGCGGACGGAGCUGAGGGGGGCGCGCCAUCGGUCAGGAACUUCGUGUGCGACCAAUACAGCCUGCAGUUCGCGCGCCUGCUGUUUCGUAAACAGCGAAGGUAUCCAUUUGGCGAGCUUCGUGCGCUGGAUUUCACCUUCAUGACUGCCGGAGACCACGACAGGGAUCACGAGCGCCUGAGACAGCUCCUUCGCGCGAACCAGCAUCUGGAAGAUCUUACAUUGCGAACAGCGCCGUCCUUGCUCCCCAUCCGCGACAUAUACGAAGCGGCGGCUCUGCGCAGCCUGACCCUCGACUACACCCCACGACUCCCGGGCUGCGACCCCAGACGCAUCGCAGAUAUCUUGAACUCCAUUCGCACUCAAAGCGAGCACACCCUCGAGGAAUUUCGGCUCGUGGGCGUCACGAAGGUGCAGGGUGUGACGGCAAGUAGCAUACCCGACGUGUGGCACCCCCUCAACGCGACGGCGAGGAGCGUACCCGACGAGUGGCCUUACAUCGACGCGGCGUUGUGCCGCUUUCCCGCGCUAAAGCGGGUGGGAGUAGUGAAACCGGGAAGGCCUCCGGUGACAAAGGACUUGACUUCUGCUAUGCAGGUUAAAGAGCACGCGGAAGCUGCCAUCCGAGCCAGCAUGGGCAAGCGGCUACCGAGCACGCAAGCGAGGGGGAUACUGGACAUCACUAAUUUGCGAUUACUUAGUAGUAGCUACAACCUCGUCUUCCAUGUUCGCUUCGAGCGACGAGGGGUGAACCCGCAGCUGGAGCACUUCGUGUUGAGGAUUGAGCACUGGCCGUUCCCCGCGCGAUGCGAUCUAUCUGGCAACAAAGCGCUGAGCACGCUGACUAUCAACUUCACGCGAUGGCGCGAGUCGCGGGAAGCCAGCAUCGACGACGCCCUGUCGCGCUUUGAAGGACUGAAGGUGGUCAGCGUGCGCUUGACUCGUCCAGCGAAUAAGGAGCGGCGCGCCGUCGCGGAAGAGUGGGAGAAGCCCAUAGCUGAGCCUCUCGUACCUCGCGUCACGCAUUGGCGGUCGAAAUUUCGCUGCACGAUGCGUCUCCCUCAAGAGUUGGUCGACGCAAUCACCUCCAACCUCCAGCUCGGGGAUGAUCUCAUCACUGCUUACUACCUCCUCCAAGCAUCUCCCUUGAUCUUCUCGCCUCAGAUCAGUCUAAAUCUACAUCACGAUCUCGUCCAUCUCUCCGCAGGCAGCUCUCGCUAUACGACCCUCUCCGCCGUCUUCCGCCUCUGCCCCUCGAUAUGUUCACAUGUCUAUCAGCUCCAGAUCGAGCGCAGCCCAACCUCGGAGCUUCAUCCCGAGGAGUACGCUCUGCCGGCUCUGCUCGACGCAUGCGUCAGCCUCCGCAGCGUCCACAUCUACUCGGUCCACCUCAGCGACAGCUGGGACACGCGCUUCCCGGACGCUCAUAGGCGCGCGAUCUACCGAGCCAUACAGCGCCCCUCGCUGGAGACGCUGGGCCUGCAGGGCUUCUCCUUCGGACCUAGCGCAAUCAUAGAGUUGGGGGCUCUGCACAUGCCGCCCGAGCUCAAGACCAUCCGCCUCGCAGAAUGCUCGCUUAGAAGCGGCAACUACUUCAUGGCUCAGGCAUCGACCGCGGCCGGAGCUGAGGGGGCCGCGCCAUCGGUCAGGGAGCUCGCAUGCGACCAGUACAGCCUGCAAUUCGCGCGCUUGCUAUUCCGCGCGCCGCGGAGGUAUCCAUUCGGUGAUCUUCGCACGCUGAAGCUCACUUUCAUGACUGGCGGAGACCAUGACAGCGACCACGAGCGCCUGAGACAGCUCCUCCGCGCGAAUCCGCGCCUGGAGGACCUCACGCUGCGAACUGCGCCGUCCCUGCUGCCCAUCCGCGACAUAUCCGGCGCGGUGACCUUGCGCAGCCUGAAAAUCGACUACACCCCGCGACUCUCAGGCUGCAAUCCCAGGUGCAUCGCAGACGUGUUGAACUCCAUCUCCCCGUCCAGCGUGCCUACCCUCGAGCAAUUUCACCUCGUCGGCGUCACGAACGCGCAGGGUGUAUUGGCGGGGGCUGUACGCGACGUGUGGCCUCAAAUCGAUGCAGCGCUAUGCCGGUUUCCUGCGCUGAAGAUGGUAGGAGUGGCAGUGCAGGUCACGAAGCACGAGGAAGCAGUUCUCCGACUCAGCACUGCAAACCUGCUGCCCAGCACUCGAGCGAGGGGGAUACUAGACCUCACUUUUGACUAUUUCACCUUAGAUCGUCGAUAGAUCAUUGCUGAUACGUCCGUUCUUCCAUCGGAAAGGUCGCCCAACGUCGAGCCAUUCUCAAUUCGGCCGAUUAAAGUAUUUGCGCACAUUUGAGCAAUGCAAUGGAUCCGGAACUU